CCCCCUCGCCCUCGCCCUCUAAGGGCGCCGCCAUGUUGGCGGGGGGCGCUCUGGCCGCCCGCCUCGGUGGUGCCCCCGCCCCGGGCCGGCGAGAGCCGGCGAGAACCAGCGAGAGCGGCGGCUAGAGCGGCACCCCCGCGCUUCCGCCCCCCCCCCCCGCGCCGUCGCCAUGGAGACGCAAGAUGGCGGCCGCGGGUGCCAGCAGUAGGGAGCAGCGAUGCUGAGCCCCCGGCACCACACCAUGAGCUGCCUGCACCUCUGGGGGUGCCGGGGCUGAGGGCUCCAGCCCCCAGGGAAGGAAGAUGCUCCAGACCAGCAACUACAGCCUGGUGCUGUUCCUGCAGUUUCUGCUGCUGUUCUACGACCUGUUUGUCAACUCCUUCUCGGAGCUGCUCCGCACAGCCCCUGCCGUCCAGCUCGUCCUCUUCAUCAUCCAGGACAUCGCCAUCCUUUUCAACGUCAUCAUCAUCUUCCUCAUGUUCUUCAACACCUUCGUCUUCCAGGCCGGGCUGGUCAACCUCCUGUUCCACAAGUUCAAGGGGACCAUCCUGCUGUCCGCAGCCUACCUGGCGCUCAGCAUUUCCUUCCACGUCUGGGUCAUGAACCUGCGGUGGAGGGACUCCAGCCGCUUCGUCUGGACCGAGGGCCUGCAGACGCUUUUUGUUUUCCAGCGGCUGGCGGCCGUGCUCUACUGCUACUUCUACAAGAGGACGGCGGUGCACCUGGGCGACCCCCUUUUCUACCAGGACUCGCUCUGGCUGCGCAAGGAGUUUGCGCAGUUCCGCGGCUGACGGCACCGCUCGAGCUUGCGGCCCCCCUGCAGCUCCUCGCCCCGAGGGACGGAUCCAAGAGGCCGGGGGGCUUGGCCAGGCCCCUCAGCUGCAGCCCAGCUGUGCUCCUCAGCCUUCCAGCGCCCAGGCCUGCUGCUGGCGCGGCUCACGCGGAAAGUAGGGGUCGGCAGGAUGCUCGUGGUGUGUCCUGGUCUGCCCCUGCGUCACAGCCCCUGGUGGGACUUGGGUGUUUCUGUGACUAGUAAAGAAAUAAAGCGGCUGCGUUUUCCAGA